AUGGCCGAGAACGACCCUUGCCUUACUGGAAUUCCUGCGGAAUUGUUCGAGGACAUCGCUGAACGUCUUCCAACCAAAUCCCUCAAAGCUCUCCGCCUAACCAACCGCGAGUGCGCGUCCAAGGUUCUGCGCAACUACACACAGGCGCUUUUCACGCGCCGAGCAUACUAUGUCAGCAUCGAGGAGAGCCUGAAGCAUGCGAUCGAAGUCGCCGAGCAUCCUGUUUUCGGCUCCGCGGUGAAGACGAUGUACUUCCUGGUCGACCAAGUCAUGGGUCCGGCGGAUGUGCGGCACCCCUGUUUUGAAGGAGAUGGGAUUUUCAUCGAACAGAACAAGGCCUUCAAAGAACAUGUGUCUUUCCAGCAACGAGACGGCGACUUCAAGCUGUUGGCGGAACUCUUCGCCAUCUUGAAGAAGCGACACGCAAAGCCUGAGCGUGUGGAAGUUGUCGACCGCGCGACAGCUAGGGUCUGCCCACCCAGCGAGGCUGCUGGUCUUCAUAUGAAGCCUCCCGUCUCUCACGCCAAAGAUGCUUCCCGAGCUUUCUUUGCUGUUGUUCAAGCAAUUGAUGAUUCUGGUCUCGAGGUUCCUACUUUCGGAGGCUAUGGGCUCGACUGGAGCUUGCCAUUGUCGAAGAUUGAUUUGAAUGGACCUGGAAUGUCUGCUUUCAACUCUCUCUUGACGACUGUUCAAUCUCUUCACCUCAGUUUCGAUGACUUCAUCCACACUCCGGAAGACAAGUCGAGCUUUGAAAAGACGCUGAGCUCCGCACCAGUCCUCAAAGACUUGCGCGUAGCAGGCGACGCGAGAUGGGCGGGGAGGCCUUCCGAUUUCAGUAUCGCGCCUUGGCUUCGAUCGCGCACGAUCAACGUCCUUCUCCACGAGAAAUUCACUUCCCUUGAGUGCUUGAGCAUCAAGGACGCAUGCCUGGACGGCAAGAGCCUGAUUGCCUUCGCGAAGCAGCACAAGUUAUUGGCGCUAAGGCGGGUGAAUCUUCGCAAUGUCGCACUGACCGAUCUCACCGGCAACAACGUGGACGCGUGCGCGAGAGCGGCCCUCAUGAAGUGGAUGCCGGUCUCUGGAAAGUACACUCUGGUUCGUGAAAAGAGGCACACUUAA